GCUGAGCGGAGCUUCUCCGUUUCUCGGGGAAACCAAACAGGACACGCUGGCGAACAUUUCAGCCAUAAAUUAUGAGUUCGACGAGGAGUUUUUCGGUCACACCAGCAAGCUCGCCAAGAAGUUCAUCAGCCAGCUGCUGGAGAAGGAUAAGACGAAAAGAUUAACAAUUCAAGAUGCUCUUAAUCAUCCAUGGAUCAAGUCCAACGAGCACAAGGAGGAAAAUAAAACCCGGGAGCCGAAGAAACGGGAGCACCGCCAGCUGAAGACCAAGCGUCUGAGGGAGUACACCAUCAAGUCUCACUCCAGCAUGCCGCCCAACAACACCUACGUAAACUUUGAGCGCUUUGCUCAGGUGGUGGAGGACAUUGACCAGAUGGAGAGCUCUUUCGUCAGCCUGGCAGCCGCUCACGACUCCCUGCAGGAAGACAUCGACGCCCUGGUCUCUAUAUACAACGAGAAGGAGGCCUGGUACAAGGAGGAGAGCGAGGACGUGCGCCACGAGCUCUCGCAAAUCCGCUACGAGUUCCGUAAGGUUGAGGCGUUCAAGAGGAGCCUGCAGGACGACAUGCAGGCGUUCAGCUGCAGCCUCGGCGCCGUCAGCAGUCGCUACCAGGAGAGACAGAGCCACUUCGACGCUCUGCGACUGGAGCUCAGCAACGAGCUCAAGUGGGUGCAGGAGGUGAUGGGCUCCUUCCCCACAGACGGAGGAGGUGGAGGCUACACCAACUGCAACUUCUCCACCGUCUUCAACAACGACGUGAACGAAGCGCUGAAGGAGCUGCUGAACCGGUCCUGCGGAGGAGAGCUGCUGUCCGGCAUCAACCUGGACUUUGAGACCGGACAGCAGAGAUAAAAGUUCACAAAAGACAUUAAAAUCACAGCAGUGACUGGUGCAGACGAAGCAGCGACCUCUGCAGCCGAAAAAUGCCAAAGUGCCAAAAUCUGCAGUUCCUCUAACGUCCACUAGAGGCCAGCUCCAAGAACAAGUCCUAAACCCUCCUGUUAAAAUUUCAAACUUUACAGCAGAAAUAAACGUGUUUACAGCCUGUUGCAAAGAAAAAAUAGAAAAAAAAAC